AUGGAACCACUUGCCCUAGAAUCAUUUUUACCAUAUUUGGAACCGUUCAAUAACCACGAACUUUUAACUCCUUUAGAAUGCUCAAAAUUGUCAUUGAUUAUAGUUGAAUUGUUAGUUGAUCAUUAUGUCGACUUCCCAUUGUUGAAAUUUUUAAGUCGAUUUUUAACUCAAGAAUUGUAUGAUGAAUUGGUAGAAGAACGUAACAUUGAACAUGAAUGUGGAUACAUUAUGUGUAACCAAUCUCCGAAAUCUUUAGUAAGAAGAUUGUCGAUGAAUAGUAACGCAUUCACGCAAGCAUCUUCAGCUAACGAUCCUGGUGCGUCAACAAAAUAUCAAAUUUACAACAGGAAACCAAGUAUGAUUUUACCCAACACAUAUCUUUCCCAAUAUUGUUGCAAAGACCAUUAUCAAGCUUCUAUAUUUUACAGGAACCAAUUGAGUAAUGAAGCUAUUUUCUCAAGAAAAGAUAUCAUGACAAUACCACCAUUCCCGAUGGAUAGAAUGAAUUGGUAUGAGAAUUCUAUAACUUGUUUGGAAGAAGUUAUUGCUAAACACAAAGAAUUAAAACAACAUGGUAAAUCAAUAUCAGAGGUGAUAGCUAUGAUGAAUGGAUUAUCUGUUAGUGAUUUGGAGAAUAAUGAACUUCAUGAAGAAACAAACAAAUUGAUAAAACUAAUAGAGGAUUUUGAAAUUGUCGAGAAAGAAGAACCAAAUUUCCAUGGUGACUAUCAAGAGCACGAAAUUCAAAACAACAACAACAGCAACACCAAUGGACUUCCUGAAGAAGAUGAUGAAGAAGAAGAAGAAGAAGACUAUGAAGAGCAGUUACGAAGUAUGACGAAUAAUGUCGAUGGUUAUGUGACGUCGAAUAAAAGUUUCGGUGGAUAUGUUGUAUAG